AUUUUGGACUUCGAACAGGGAACAGUUGGCUACCUGUUACGUUUGGCUUUUUGGCUUACAAUUUAAAAUUAAUUAUUUACUGUAAUUUUCAUAGACUUUUUACAAAUUUAAGCAACAAAUAUAAAACAUGGCUCGUGUUUUAGUCGGUGUUAAAAGAGUUAUUGAUUACGCUGUCAAAGUUAGAGUUAAGCCAGAUAAGAGUGGAGUUGUAACUGAUGGAGUAAAGCACUCAAUGAAUCCCUUUGAUGAAAUUGCUGUUGAAGAAGCUGUGAGAAUGAAAGAGAAGAAGUUAGCAAGUGAAGUCAUUGCUGUAUCAUGUGGACCAGCACAGGCUCAGGAAACUUUAAGGACAGCAUUAGCAAUGGGAGCAGACCGAGCCAUUCAUGUGGAAGUAGCUGGAAAAGAAUAUGAAACAUUACAGCCUAUUCAUAUUGCUAAAAUACUAGCUAAACUCUCACAAGAUGAAAAAGCUGAUCUAGUCAUUGUUGGAAAACAGGCCAUUGAUGAUGAUUCUAAUCAAACAGCACAGAUGACUGCAGCAUUACUUGAUUGGCCACAAGGAACAUUUGUGUCAAAGGUUGAGAAAACAGAUGCUGGUUUGACAAUAACUCGUGAAAUAGAUGGAGGUCUUGAAACAAUUAAGACAAAGAUUCCAGCAGUGCUCAGCGCAGACCUCAGACUUAAUGAACCACGAUACGCUACACUGCCAAAUAUUAUGAAAGCAAAGAAGAAGCCCAUGAAGAAAGUUGCAGCCAAGGAUCUGGGUGUGGACCUCACUCCAAGAAUCAAAGUGAUCAGUGUUGAAGACCCUCCAGUGAGACAGGCUGGCUCUGUUGUCCCCGAUGUUGAUACACUCGUUGCUAAGCUCAAAGAGGGUGGUCAUGUGUGAUCAUGUUAAUAAAAAAAUCAAAAUAUUGCAUAUACAAAAAUUUAUUUUAUAUGAGAGUUUUAUGAAUCACUGUAGUAUACAUGUAAUUUUAUUAUACUGUUGCGCAAA